UGUAUCCUCCGUUAUAUAUAUAAAGACAGAUACAUCUUCUUCUGGUAGAAAUUAUUGAAUCGCAAAUCUGUCCAAACCUUUUGGAUCUUCUCUUCUCGUGUGAUUUUUCCACCAAAAUCAUCCGAAAUGAACGACGCAGAUGUCUCCAAGCAGAUCCAGCAGAUGGUCCAAUUCAUCCGCCAAGAAGCAGAGGAAAAGGCCAACGAGAUCUUAGUUUCUGCUGAAGAAGAAUUCAAUAUUGAGAAGUUACAACUGGUUGAGGCUGAGAAGAAGAAGAUCAGGCAAGAGUAUGAGCGUAAAGAGAAGCAAGUUCAAGUUCGUAAGAAGAUUGAGUAUUCGAUGCAGCUUAAUGCUUCUCGGAUCAAAGUGCUUCAAGCUCAAGAUGAUGUAGUUAAUUCCAUGAAAGAUGUAGCGGGAAAGGAUCUUCUGAAUGUCAGCCAACAUCACCAUCGGUACAAGCAUCUUCUCAAAGAUCUCAUUGUUCAGAGUUUACUCAGAUUGAAGGAGCCUGCUGUCUUGCUACGUUGCCGGAAAGAUGACCAUCAUUUGGUGGAGUCUGUCCUGCAUUCAGCAAAGGAAGAAUAUGCUGAGAAAGCAAAUGUUUACCCCCCAGAAAUCAUUGUAGACCACGAUGUCUAUCUUCCACCUGCUCCUAGCCACCAUAAUUCUCAUGGUCCUUUCUGCUCUGGAGGUGUGGUGUUGGCAUCUCGAGAUGGGAAGAUUGUGUUCGAAAAUUCUCUUGAUGCACGGUUGGAUGUUGUAUUUCGUAAAAAACUUCCCGAGAUCCGCAAGCUGCUAGUUGGUCAGAUUGUAUAAUGGAAUGGCGUGGCGCAUGCAUGAUGGAUGGUUGGUAUUGUUGUUUGGUGCCUGGAUAAUUUAUGUCCAAUAUUUGAAGACCAAGAGAUUAUCAUCAAUUCUUUGGUUGUUUAUUUUAAAUUUCCUGUUUGCGAAAUACCUUUAUUUCUCAAAUUAGUGAAGCUGGUGCCUGUUUUAGUGCUUGUAUCCUCCUAGACACCUCAAGGCACUCGUUUUCAACAAUAAAUAAAAUAUCAAGUGUUUUGAUCAA